AUUCGAACCGCCGUACGGCCAACCUUUCGAUCGACAAGCUCAGUGUCUUACCCACUGAGCCACGACGUCCAAUUGAUUCAAUCACGAAGUGAAUAACCAGGAUGGUAACAAAAAUUCCUGCACUCCCAUCCACGGGCUUUGUUAAAAACUCCAACUUCGCUUGCGUUUCAAAACAAAAUGUUCAAGAGAUGUUGGCUUGGGAAAAAAAGAAGAAGAAGAAGGCCCCAUCAGAGGGUAAACCUCCAGGGAUUUCUAGAGAAUGACUAAGGACAACAAGCGUUCCUCUUAUCUUUCUGGAACACGCAUGGAGGUUAUCAGCUCAACUUCUGCUGCUGUUUGCUGUACCAGCCAGUUGUCCUUCACAUCUCAUACCAGAGAGACACGCGACAUAGAGAGAGUCGAAGAUGAGUCUCGUCGCCUUCUUCUUCAUCUUCACCUUGCUCCCUCGUGUCGCCCUAGGCUGUCCCCGCCCUUGCCGUUGUGCCGCCGACAUCGUGGACUGCAUGUCGACCCAUCUGACGGACGACACGAUCCCGCUCUCCUUCUCCCCCUUGACGAGCAAGCUCUAUCUCAACAACAACUAUUUGACUUUCAUCCCCAAAGGUCUCUUCGACAACCUGCACAACCUCCAGGCUGUUUACCUGCGGGGCAAUCCUUGGGAAUGUACCUGCAACAUCCUCUACCUCCGCUCCUGGCUACAGUGGCAAGAGAACCGGACUCUGUAUCGCGACGUGGUGUGUUCGACGCCUGCCCAUCUUCAAGGUCGGAUUAUCACCUACCUGUCCGAAGACGAGAUCAUCUCUACCUGCCAGUCCUGGUAUUGCGGUGUUGCUCUGGUGGCCCAGAUCUGCCUCUUUGUCUUCAUCCUGGUGCAGGCUAUCUUGUUGCUUCUGGCGGUCUUCUACCUUUGCAGGUUUCAGCGGAUAGCCAAGGAAGCGAGGAGGACCAUGCUGGAAUUUUAUGAGAAUACGGAUCCGUGGGAAAGCGCUCGUAAGAACAGUGUUGACUGACGGUCCGGGGAGACCCAACCUCACCCCUGUUCCACCCUUUUAAUCCUGAAUGUCUAUGGAGAUUCUCAACCAUCCAGGUCAUGGUUGUCCCAAAGGUGCUUUUCAAAAGACAACUGGACUUCCUUAGGGGUUUUUUCCCCUCCCCUUGCGAAGACCUUUCGCUUCUCAUCCCAGAAGCUUCUUCAGUUCCAGGAAGCUUCUUCUUCAACUGAAGAAGCUUCUGGGAUGAGAAGCGAAAGGUCUUCAAGGAAACAAACUAAGACAGUCCAGUUGUCUUUUGAAAAAAGCACCUUUGGGGGACAGUAUCAAUUGAUACCCCAAAGGGACACGGUGGCUCAGGGGCUAGGACGUUGAGCUUGUCGAUCGAAAGGUCGGCAGCUCAGCGGUUUGAAUCCCUAGUGCUGCUGUGUAACGGGGUGAGCUCCUGUUACUUGUCCCAGCUUCUGCCAACCUAGCAGUUUCGAAAGCACAUAAAAAUGCAAGUAGAAAAAAUAGGGACCACCUUUGGUGGGAAGGGAACAGCGUUCCGUGUGCCUUUGGCGUUGAGUCAUGCCAGCCACAUGACCACGGAGACGUCUUCGGACAGCGCUGGCUCUUCGGCUUUGAAACGGAGAUGAGCACUGCCCCCUAGAGUCGGCAACGACUAGCACAUAUGUGCGAAGGAAACCUUUACCUUUUAUCAAUAGAUCGCCACACAGGAAUUAGCUUUUUCCCCCAAAAUGCCUUAUUUCCUUGGAGGAACCUUGGGAGUUCUAGGCAGAAUUUGGAAGAUGCUCGGUUUUGAAAAAGAAGAAGAAGAAGAAGAAGCUUCUACGUACAACGUUCGGGAUGGAUAAACAUAAUUGUGGAAGAACAAAAUGGAAAAAGCUGCCAUUUCUGGACCCUCAUUUGGUACUUAAACUCCGUAGAGUCUUCCUAUAAUUAGAGGGGAAAAAAAUGGUUUGGGGCUUGUGAUUGAGCCCCUCCCCCCGGCCUCGUGCCAAAGGUUGCCUGAUGCCCCCUAUAUUAUGCAUGGAUAGUCCUUGACUUACAACCACUCACUAUGUGGCCAUUCGAAGUUAAAAUGACACUGAAAAAAAGUCCUCGCAGUUACCCAGUGGAACAGAAGUUGUGGGAGCUUCAUCCCUGGAAGCUUUCAAGAAGAGACUGGACUGCCAUCGGUCAGAAAUGGUAUAGGGUCUCCUGCUUGGGUGGCGGGUUGGGCUAGAUGACCUACAAGGUCCCUUCCAACUCUGUUAAUCUGUAUCUGUAUGUAAUCAAACCAUUUGGCAUGUGGCCUAUAGUUAUGACAGCUACAGCAUCCCGGGAUCAAAAUUUGUGAUCUUCUCAGCCGUCUUCUGGCAAGCAAAGUUAGUAGUGAUUCACUUAAUAACGUGUAGUGAUUUACUUAACGACUGUCUUGCUUAACGGCAGAAAUUCUGGUCCCAAUUGUAAUUCUAAGUCAAGGACUGCAUGUAUAAUCCUUCCAUGUUUUGUUUUGUUUUUAGUCUGUUAAAUGGCAGGUGGUAACUUGUUGCUUUUUAAAAAAUUUCAACAUAUUAACACGGUCCUUCUUCCACUCCAGUCUGGAUUAGCUCCGGUUUAUGAAACCUCAGUUUUAAUCUCAAAUUAUUAAAAUGCAGUUAUUAAAACCUC